AUGUCCAUCAUCCUUGAAGACAACCAGCCCCCCGGGUUCCUACGCCUCGGUCCCACAUGGUAUCAUGAAAUUCCCUUUUUACCCUAUGGAUGGGAGACAACAAAUGAUCGAGGAUCUGGAUCACUCAAGCAUGCAGCAAUGAAAGCACUACUUCAGGACCAGUCGGCGCUGAAGCCUGAACUGUUUGAAUACGUCCCUUGGUAUUUGGCACAAUACCUUUGGGAUGCCCUGAAAAAGUGCAACAAGCAGACUAUGCACAUGUGGAAAAUAAUGGCCAGCGUUUAUCCUGUACAAUUCUGCGAGGUCAGUCCUUACUACUGCCUCAAUGCUGGCUCUCCCAAAAAGCCACUAAGAGACUAUAUGGGUGUUCUUAAUAGCGACGAUCUUCGCUGGCGUGCAAUCUUAACGAUUGCAACUACCUACUGUACGGCCACAGACCUGACUACUAUACCAAAUAUCAAGAAUUUGGUUGCUCUAGACAUUUACAGUGAGCCAUACUCGUCGAUUAUUGCCCCUCUGGAUCCUGUGGGCGUUAGCAACGACGGUCUCCCCUUGCAAGAUGGAUUUGUGCGUGGUUGGAUUGAAUCUGAAGCACUACAGCACCUCCGCAUUCUCAGGUUUUACCACCAAUGCGAAAUGACCAUCGCAGCACUGGAAGCUCUACGUGAGCUGCCGGAGCUCCAGCUCGUUGUGGCGUACGAGUGUAAGAACAUUACAGAGACUAUUCAACGAUACGAUAAGCCCGCGAAUGGCAUUAUUCCCAUAAAGGGAUGGUCAGCCUGCAGACUCGAUUGGUUUUGGGACACCCACGGAACGUCAAAGACAAUCGAUGAUAAUCUCUUGGCUUUGCUUCAUGUGUACAAGUCUAGUCUUCAGACACCCGAGAACGGGGAUUUAAGAAGACCAUCGUCCCUACCAACGAAUCUUCCGAUUUUGGAGUUUAAACUACCCACUGUCGACCACAGCAGAAGAGACCGGGUUGUUGUCCGCUCCCGCUAUAAUGCAAAGUCAAUUGUAUUGUUUACUCGAGAUCCUGCGAAGCAAAAGCUCGAUAUCGAGAAGCAGCAACGUGCAAGGGAGAAGAAGCGGAGCGAGCCACCUGAAAGAGGAGAUCGUCCUGCCAAGCGAGCAGUCAUGAAAGAGAGAGGACCGGUGGACAUCUCGGAGACUUUGAAUCAAUUCUUCUGA